AUGCGAUGGGGAGUUUCCCUUGUCAGUGUACAGUGUGCCUCCCAGGCGGCUGGGGCUUACGCGACUGACGAGCGCCGCCUGCUGCAGGUGGUGGGCCUGAGCGUGGUGGCGGCGGGCGGCGUGCUGCUGACCGACUCUGGCCGCGUGCUACUGUCGCGCCUGCUGACGUCACACGACGCGCCGCGCCAGCCGCUCUUCUACUACGUGGGGCUGGCCGCCGUCUGCGCAGGCGUCGUCGUGGCGGCCGGAGGCGUGCUGGGCUGCUGGGCCGCCAGCCUGCACAGCCGCUGCUUCCUCGCCGUGUAUCUGUUUGUGCUGGUGCUGUUACUGCUUGCAGAAUGUUCUGUGGGAGUGUUGGUAACAGUGUGCCCUCGAUACCUGGGGGUUGGACUGUCUGCUGAGGAUCUUAUGGAUAACCUACAACGCUAUUAUGCCACUCCAGGAGCAGACCAGUUUACAGCAGCCAUUGAUCUGGCACAGGCGCAGCUCAAAUGCUGUGGAAUGACACAACCAUCAGAUUAUGAAAUGUCAUGGUGGAAACUGAGAGAUAUUGGUCAGAAUGAGCUUAUAGUUCCCCUGUCUUGUUGUAUACUGAAAAACAAAGAUGAUCCUGGGGCAUUUCUUGAUCCUAUACCACAGAACAACUCGCUCUGCCAGUCAGUAGAUGAGACCAUCAACAAUAAAGCACGACAUACUGAGGGGUGUUCAAAGAGGCUAGAGGCUUGGCUAAAGCAGCACAGUGCUAUGUUUCUAGCUGGGAGUUUGACACUAGUACUGGUAGAGUUGUCUGUGGUCCUGAGCACUCUGCUUGUAUGUGUGAAACUGCCGCGCGAUCCAUCUCAUCUGGAUCGACCUGCGUGAAGGCGGCUAGACCUCCCAGGAUGUGACUUUACAAAUGCGGAAACAGCAUAUCCUUGGGAGGAUCGUCACUGGAGUAGAGGAAGAUGUGGGACGUUCUGCUAUGCUCCCAGUGCUGAAAUAAUAGCUCGUGUAACUGCAAAGCAGAACCCUCCCAAUGUUGCAGGUACCGACAGAAGAAGGUGGUGCAUUUAUGAGAGUGACAUUUCCUCAUAUACUGCUAGUCUGAGAUUCUUGAAUCCACAAAGUAGGCUAAAUGUAACUGAUGUAACAGAAACUGGCAGUAUGAUUUGGUAACUCAUUUUCAGAAUUACCUUAUACUGCUAAAAUAAUAUACAGAGGUUGAAAGCUACUUGUGGUACACAGUGAAAGUAGAAUAACUAGUUCAACAUAUGUUUUUAAAAUAAAUGCCACACCAAUGUCGCAGUUCUUGUGUUUAACAUGGGCACAUGAUGAAUGAAGACUUUCAAAGCAAUAUAAUGUUAUGUAAAUAUUGUAGAUACUGGUAUAAUUUAAUUAAAACACCAUUUAAUAUAGACUGCUGUAGCUGUUAGCCCUGUGUCAUCUCUGUGGUUUAUGUUCCUCUGAUGUAAGAGUCAAUGUAAUGUUAUGUAAAUAUUAAGGUAGUGGCAUAUUUUAAUUAAAAACAAAUCUGAUUACCCACUACUGCAGAUUUUGGUGCUUUAUUUUCAUCUGACGUCUUCAAAUUUAUUAUUUGCAAUCCUGUGAAAUACAAA